GCUAUUCUUAAUAACAGAUCUGAGAUUGAGUAUCUCAAACGCUAUUGACGUUUUCUUUUUUGUUAUAAUAUAUGAUUCGAGAUGUGCAUCUCUGACGCCAUUAAAGUUUGCUUUUUGGAUUGAAAGAACUGUUAUCUCCACUGAGACGGUUCAUCUCUUUGCCGAAUCUCCUUUUCUGAAUCGGUUCUCUGUAUCUCACGGCAGUUCUCUGCUGGCAACCAUGAUGAUUUUUGGUGAUCUUAGUGCUAUUAAUUGUUUCUCAACAUUUUCAGAUUUUGAAGCAAUCGCCAUAAAGUUCCCGUUUUUAUGAUUUUUAAUGCAAUAAUGAAGAUUAUAAAUAAUAGGUUAUUUGAUCCGGGAAAGUUAUGGCCAUUAAAGGCGCCAUUUUUUUAUAUAUUGGGGACUCGAGAGAGUCUUGGUAUCCAUCCUUUAUUGUGAUGAGCUUGCUACGUCUUUGAAGGUUUCCAUUCAUUUUGUGUGGUUCUGAGAUUCGCCUGUGAUGGAUUUCUUACGCCUGAUUCAUUCUUUAUAAAGGAGGUUUCAGAGAUGUAUGUGAUUGAGGAUAAAGGUGGAGCAAUUGCUCUGAUGCUUGCUGCCUUGUUAUUUUUGGGCACAUGGCCUGCAGUCUUGACACUUUUAGAGAGAAGGGGUCGUCUUCCUCAGCACACAUAUCUUGAUUAUUCUAUUACAAAUUUGUUGUCUGCAAUUUUAAUUGCUCUUACAUUUGGCCAAAUUGGGGACAAGAAGCCCAACAUGCCUAAUUUCUUAACCCAACUCUCUCAGGAUAACUGGUCUUCAAUAUUAUUUGCAAUGGCUGGUGGAAUUGUGCUCAGCCUUGGGAAUCUAGCAACACAAUAUGCCUGGGCCUUUGCUGGACUUUCAGUAACUGAAGUGAUAACCUGUAGCAUAACUGUUGUCAUAGGAACAACCAUGAAUUAUUUCUUGGACGACCGAAUCAACAAGGCUGAGAUACUUUUCCCUGGAGUUGGAUGCUUCUUAAUUGCUGUUUGUCUUGGUUCUGCUGUACAUUCCUCAAAUUCAGCUGACAACAAAAAGAAACUAGGCGGUUCCUCAAGCAACUACAAAACCAUGAAUGGUGUCUAUGGAGAUAACAAAACUGGCAUUAUUGAACUCAAUAAAGAUCUAGAGGCCUCAAAUAGUGAGAAAGUGAAAGCCGGCACUGCCGAAUACCUGAUAGAGCUAGAAAACAGAAGAUCGAUCAAAGUUAUCGGAUCAAACAUAUUUAUCGGCCUUGGCAUCGUGUUUUUUGCCGGAAUUUGCUUCUCCCUCUUCUCUCCGGCCUUCAACCUGGCAACAAAUGACCAAUGGCACACACUGAAGAAGGGAGUGCCUCAUCUUGUCGUCUAUACAGCAUUCUUCUACUUCUCGCUCUCCUGUUUCAUCAUCGCAAUUACCCUCAACUUUGUGUUUCUUUACAAGCCGGUUUUCGGCCUCCCCAAGUCAUCGUUGAAAGCUUAUGUGAAUGAUUGGAAUGGGAGACAAUGGGCUCUUCUUGCUGGUUUUCUUUGUGGUUUUGGAAAUGGUUUUCAGUUCAUGGGAGGACAAGCUGCUGGUUAUGCUGCAGCUGAUGCUGUUCAGGCUUUGCCUCUUGUAAGCACUUUUUGGGGUGUGGUUCUUUUCGGAGAAUAUCGAAGAUCAUCGAAGAAGACAUAUGUUUUACUUGCGAGCAUGCUUUUUAUGUUCGUCAUUGCUGUCGCCAUUCUCAUGGCUUCCUCGGGACAUAGAAAGACAUGAAGGGAUAUUAUGAAGAAUAUGAUUCCCAUUGAUUGGUUUGUUAUGCUGAAUUGUGGAGUCUCUUUAGUUCUCAACAUUCUUGCAUGCAAGUUUGGGGCUUUAUAAAUAUUUUAGUUGU